CUCAUCAGCUCCAUGCUGGCCCUACUGCUGGCCCUGCUGUCUCCUGCUGCUGUGGCUGGCUGCAGUGAAGGUGAGGUUGACAGGCAACUCAUCCUGGCCAAAGUCAAGGCACAUUUCCUGGAGUUCCUUGGUCCUGCACCCCAAGCCAACAAGGUCCAGGUGGGGCAAAGGGGGCUCCACAGAAGACAUGCUUCAACUGCCCACAGCUGGGAGGACAAGGAUACAUCUCAAGUGAUCAUCUUCCCCUCUACAGAUGUACCCUGUGAGCCUCCUCAGCCCCAUGAGCUCCCAGAGGACUCGGGAGUUUUCAGCUACUUCUUCCAGCCCUCUCCUCAUGCCCUGAGCCGUGAGGUGACCUCAGCCCAGCUGUGGUUCUACACAGGCCCUGUGACAGUGCAGAGCAGCAGCCUCUCAGAUGAAGCAUCUAACAGCUCUGCACCAGGGGCAGAGAUCCUGAAACUCUCCAAGCAAGGCCGUGUCCCAGUGGCCACCAUGGCCAUGCCAGCCUCUGAGGGCUGGACCAUCUUUCACUUCAGCAACUCCUUCUUGCCUUACUUUGCCCAGAAGAUAUUUGUGCUUUUAAUUCACUGCCCUGGCUGCCCUUGCCUGGCAGAUGCUGAAAAGAUGCCCUUCCUUGUGGCAGCCACCAAACCCAAGCACCGUGAAAGAGCCCCACGCUCUUUGGUGCUGAGGCCGUCAGCUGCCUUCAGCCUGCUACAGAGUCCCUCAGAUGAUGCCACAGCCCAUUCCAACUGUCACCGGGCUUCCAUCAACAUCACCUUUGAGGAACUGAACUGGAGCCACUGGAUUGUGCACCCCAGUAGCUUUGAGUUUCACUACUGCUAUGGGAGCUGCUUGGACACCUACACAAUCAAGUCCAGGACCCAGCUGUGCUGUGCAGCGCUGGUGAGCACCAUAAAAUCACUGCGUGUCCGCACCACCACAGAUGGGGGCUACUCCUUCCAGUAUGACUCUUUGCCUCUGCUUACCCAGGAUUGUGUCUGUCUGUAG